AUGAAUUUCCGUCUGUUACGUUCUUCGCUUCUAUUGCAAGUAUCAUGUCGUCAUUUGAAAAUUUAUUCUCCAUCAAAUAAAACUCAAAUUGAAUAUCUUCUUCAAUCAUGGUCAUCAAAAAUUCCUGUUGAACGUGCUUUAACACUUCCAUCUAGUUUUUAUACAUCACGAGAUAUAUUUGAACUUGAACGAUAUGCUAUUUUUGGUCAAAAUUGGUUAUUAGCUGGACGAAAAUCUCAAUUAAAAAAACCAGGUGAUUUUCUAACAGAUCGUUUUCUUUCAGAACCAUAUAUAAUAAAUAUUGAUAAAACAUCAACAUUAUAUGCACAUUAUAAUGUUUGUUGUCAUCAUGGUAUGAUAUUAUUAAAUAACAAUCAAGGUCAUAUUGAAACAAAUGAAAUUACUUGUCCAUAUCAUGGUUGGCUUUAUGAUUUUAAUGGACGAUUAAAAAGAGCAUUUCGUUUAAAAACUAUUGAACAAUUUAAAGCAUCAACUAUUCGUUUAAAACCUAUAUCAAUUCAAACAAUUGGUCCAUUUAUUUAUUUAAAUUUAAAUUUUUUAAAUAAUGAUAAUAUUAAAAAUGAUCUAUCACAUAUUGAAUAUAUUGAUAAAAAAUAUUUAAAAUCAACAAAUUAUGAACAAUUAGAAUAUGUAUCAAGAAAAAGUUAUCAUAUAAAAUGUAAUUGGAAAAUAUUUAUUGAUAAUUUUCUUGAUGGUGGUUAUCAUGUACCUUAUGCUCAUAAACAAUUAUGUUCAAUUUUAAAUAUGAAUGAAUAUAAAACAGUUGUUGAUCAUCCGAAAAUAUCGGUACAAUAUUGUAGUGGUACAAAACGAACAGAAGGUGAUGUUCUUUUCAUAUAUAUUUAUCCUAAUUUAAUGAUUAACCGAUAUGGACCAUAUAUGGAUACAAAUUUAGUUGUACCUAUUGAUGAACGUAAUUGUAUUGUUCAUAUGGAUUAUUAUUAUUGUCCUCAAUUAACAAAUAAAACUCAUGAAAACGAUUCACAAAACGAUUCGUAUGUUGUACAACAAGAAGAUAUUUAUUUAUGUGAAAAUGUUCAACUUGGUCUUGAAUCUCAAGCAUAUGAUUCAGGUCGCUAUGCUCCAACUGUUGAACAUGCUAUGCAUGAUUUUCAUAAAACAUUAUUUGAUCAAUUAGAAAAUUAUUAUAAUAAUCAUGUUAAAUAA